AUGGCGUCUGCUCUCAUAAGCUUCUGGCUGGCCGGGCGGAGCCGGGAGUUGGGACAAGGGUCCUACCCCAAACCCUCCAUCUCCGUCAGCCCCGGUGGGGUGAUCCCUGUGGGGGGAAACGUCACCAUCCGGUGUCGGCAUCAGCACCUGGGCAUGAGGUUCCUCCUCUACAAGGAUGAAGAUGAGAACCAUCUGACUUACACAGACCCUGCUGGCUCUGAGGCUGAAUUUCCCAUCACCAGCGCCAGACGGGAACAGGGCGGAAACUACACCUGUCGUUAUAGCCACAGAACAGGACCAGCUGCCUACUCGGAGCCCAGUGACCCUGUGCAGAUCAUUGUAGCAGAGGUCAGCUACCCCAAACCCUCCAUCUCCCUCAGCCCCAGCGGGGGGGUCACCGUUGGGGGAGCCGUGAGCGUCUGGUGUCGGGGGCAGCGCCAGGGCGUGCGGUUCGUGCUGAAUAAAGAGGGCCGCCAUUUCCCACCUGUGGAUUCGGACAGGUUUGAGGCUGUGUUUCCCAUCAGCAACGUGCGCCGGGAGGACGGCGGGAGCUACAGCUGCUCCUAUCACAGCAGAUCAGAGCCAUUCGCUGUGUCGUACCCCAGCGACCCCGUGGAGCUGGUGGUGAGAGGUGAGGAGCCCGGCUCGGUGUCCCCGUUCCCAGCCCCACCCCCAGCCAGACCCUCACGGGGGCUCGGUGCCAAUGGGACGCUCAGAACCAGGCUCUGUCCUGAGCCCUGACCCCACAGAGGGGACGCCCGGCCGGGGAGCGGGGAC